UAUUAACUUAUUAUGCAUAAAAGCAUCGUUCUUGUAUUGCAUAGACCGAAGUCGGAAGUCGCUUUCCCCGGAUAUCUGCUGCACGCAUUCUUAUCGCUGAACAGAGGUUAGGGGAUAACUAGAAGAAGAUGGCAUUUGUGAUGGAGUUUGCUGAGAACUUAAUACGGAGGAUGAUGGAGGAUCCAAAGGAACGUGAUCGGAAGUUUAGAGAGCAUGUAUAUGCAGUCAAGGACCGCUGCAACAAGACCAAGGAGAUGUGGAACUUACCUAUCCGUCCAUAUGGAUUCUGGACGUUUGAGCGCCAUAAUUCCCAACUCUAUUGGGAUGCCCAGAUCAGCCAGGUCCCAGGGCGUAGGGACCCCUAUGACGACCUUCUCCAGCAGCCAUAUGACAACACCACCCCGAAAUGAAUGAAAGGCACAUUUUCCGUUCAAAGAGUUGGAGAGGGUUGUUUUUUAAUCCCAAGACUUUGUGGUUCUUUAGUCACAGAUUUAUUGAUUUAACAGAAGCAUCAUCUUAAGUGAGUGUCAA